AUGGCCUCCGGAUCAGAGGCCAACCUCCACUGUCCCGUGUGCUGUGAUAUCUUUAAAGAUCCAGUUCUUCUUUCCUGUAGCCACAGCUUCUGUAAGGUCUGCCUCCGGAGAUGGUGGAGAAGGAAAGAAGCACUCGAGUGUCCUGUUUGUAAGCGCAUAUCUGGGAAGAAACACCCACCUUGCAACUUGGCACUGAAGAAUCUGUGUGAGGCCUUUUUACUGGAGAGUGAUCAGAAGUCUGAGGCUCUGUGCCGCCUGCACUCAGAGAAACUCAAACUUUUCUGUUUGGACCACCAGGAACCAGUGUGCCUAAUCUGCAGAGACUCCGAAAAUCAUGCAGAUCAUAAGUUCAGACCCGUUGAUGAAGCUGCACGUGAUCACAGAGACGAGCUUCAAAAACACCUGAGGCCUUUACAGGAGAAGCUGAAGCUCUUGAAACAAACUAAAGGAAACUACACCCGAACAACAGAACAUGUUAAAGUCCAGGCUCAAGACACAAAGAAGCAGAUUAAGAAGCAGUUCAAGAGGCUUCACAAGUUUCUAGAAGAGGAAGAGCAGGCCAGGAUUGCUGCUGUGAGUGCAGAAGAAAGGCAGAAACGUGAGGUGCUGAAGGAGAAGAUGGACGUUCUGAGAAGAGAGAUAGCAGCUCUUUCGCAAAUUAUCAGAGCAACAGAGGAAGAGCUGAGAGCUGAAGACACCUUCUUCUUAAACAACUACAAGGCUACAGCAGAACAGGUCCAGGAGCAUCCCCUGAUGGGUGAUCCAGAGCUUCUUCUAGGAGUUUUGCUGGACCAGGCCAAACACCUGGGCAAUCUGACCUUCAACAUCUUGAACAAGAUGGCUGAGGCCAGCUCGUAUACUCCUGUGAUUCUGGAUCCAAACACUGCCCAUCCAAGACUCAACCUGUCUGAAGAUCUGAGUGGUGUUAAACAGGGACGGACAGUAGAGUCUCCCAACAACCCGGAGAGAUUUGACAGCUUCUGCAUCACCCUCGGCUCUCAGGGAUUUAACUCAGGGCUUCACAGCUGGGAAGUUGAACUUGGACACAGUUCACACUGGAUCCUGGGCGUGGCACCAGAUGAGGAAUAG